AUCCCGACCGUCAAAAAUUGCAGGAAAUGGCGGGAACGGCGAGCGAGGAUCCUUUGGGCCUGGAGGAGGAUCUUGAGGGCGAGGCGGAGGAUGAAGGACGCGCAGGACACAGACUUCCUUUGGCCAGGAUUAAGAGGAUCAUGAAGGCUGACCCUGACCUCAACCUCGCCAGCCAGGACGCCGUGUUCCUCAUCACUAAGGCUACGGAACUCUUCGUGGAGAGCUUGGUGCAGGAGGCUUACCAGUUCACGCUGAAGGGCCGCAAGAAGACGGUCACACGGCGAGACAUCGACAACUGUGUGGAAGCCAUUGAUGCCCUGGCCUUCCUUGAUGGUGCCAUGGACUGGACCUGAGCCACUGCCGAACCAUUUCCUCCUCUUAGUUAUUUGAUGUGUACCUAAUUCUUUCUUAAAUAUAUUGUAUUUUUGAGA